AUGAUCUCCUUUUUCGAAGCCGGUGCCCUCAGUCUCCUCGACCAGCUGCUGCUACUCUCUUCUCUGGCCUCCCGACUGAAGGCGUCAACUGAAUCCGACCCGAAGCCGCCUGGAAACGUGAAAUCUUUGCUAUCUCGCUUUGCAAAAACCAAUGGCAACCCAGACCGACAGGCCGGCUUCCUCUCCCGACCAACAUCUCUAUUCGGCCGUACCUCGCAUGAGUGGGCAAGACACACCUCGGCCUGGCCCGGCUGGAGGGUGUGCCCUCCCCUGUAUCCCGUUGCCACGGCUCCCCUGUGGACCGCCAAUCAGACAGGGAUAGAGCAUCCCUGGCGGGCUCAUGCACGCGCCAGACCCUCACACACAGCCUCCAACAGUGCUUGUUCCGCAGAGGAGGGCUGCUCCUGCAUUGUGCUCACGGAUGGCCAGCAGGCCGAGCAGUUUGCCAUGUCCGAGGUACCAUCGUCGCCGGCCGCCACUGGCAGGUUCAGCGUGGAGGCUGCACAAAAACUAGAGGCCGCAGACAACCUUCAUCAUACCGACCUUGCCCAUCCUUCACCACCUCUUCUGUCACCUCAGCUGUCGCCGCCUCCGGAGACGACGGAUUUUGUGCUCUUCACACAUCCAGUAAAGAGCUUGUUGCCAGGAGAUGUGGCGGCCAGCAUUGACAACGAAAAAGCUGCAAAAAUAUGCCACUAUUGCGUCAGAGUAGGAACAAUAUAA